GGCCUGGAUCAGAGCCGAGCCAGCUGAGAGGUGUUGAGCCUGUCGGCCGACAUAAAGGCUGAGGAGAGACUCAGGAUGUCAGACGGACCAUCAGGGUGUUUAGGGACAUUUUGGAGAAGGAGGUGUGGUUUUGAGUUUUUUGUUUUUUCUUUCCGAAGGCUGGAAUGCACACAACUGUGCUGUAUGCUCUACUGUUCCCCCAGCUGCUGGCUGCUGGCUGGACCACAAGGGUGGGUGACGGAUGCUACCACUGGCCACCCAGAGAGGACCCCUCCCUUUCCUGGCACCGGUGCCUGAAGGAGCCCAACAGGGAGGAUGCCCAGGGCUGCAGGGAGCCUUGUCACCCUCCCAAUGGCGGUUCAAGGGAGGGGUCUCCUCUCCAGCAUCAACGGUGCCCCCGGGUUGCCCUCCUCCAAGCCAGCUUCGCCACCCUGCUGCGAACCACCCUGCCAGCCAAUGACAAGCCAGUUCCUGACUGGGCAGCCUUCUGCUCGUUCAUCGCCAUCCUGGUGAGCAUCACCCUCGGCCUUGUUGCCUGGCACUGCAAGGAGAGGUACUGGGGCCGACGGAGAGCCUGCUGCUGCACCCACGUCUUUCUGAGCGAGAGCCCCGACUCGACGCCCCAAAUGGAAGACCUCUCUUCUUCUCUCCUGAUUCCACUUCCUCUCAUCAUGACCCCCUACAUCGGAAAUCUGACGCACCGCGGCGUUAGCGCUGAUGAUCUUGAGGAGAACCUGGAGGGACCCCCAGUCAUCCACCUUCUUUCUGUAGGUGCUGAAAACCCAGAGGACAAAGCCAUCGGGGGGUCUGUGGGAUCCAGAACAAUUCCUGGCCAUGCUUUGAAGCUCAGGUCUCUCCCAGACCACAUUCUGGAGCCCAGACCUCCACUGGAGAAUGCUCUGGAACCUAGACCUUCCCCGGGCCAUGCUCUGGAACCGAGACCUUCCCCAGACCAUGCUCUAGAACCCAGACCUUCUCCAGGCCAUGCUCUGGAACCCAGACCUUCCCCCGGCCAUGCUCUGGAACCCAGACCUUCCCCGGGCCAUGCUCUGGAACCCAGAGCUUCCCCAGACCAUGCUCUAGAACCCAGAGCUUCCCCAGACCAUGCUCUGGAACCCAGACCUUCCCCAGACCAUGCUCUGGAACCAAGACCUUCCCCAGAUCGUGCUCUGGAACCCAGACCUUCCCCAGAUCAUGCUCCAGGGCUCAUUUUGAAAACAGAACCCAUCAGCACACCAGCUACACCUGGAGAAGAAAAACUACUGAUGUGACCCCUUAUAUGGCUGAGACUGGAUUUCCCAUGCAAGAUCUUCAUGGCUUGCUUUUAUGAUCCAGCAAAUGAACCAACCCUAUUUAAUUUUUUU